AUGGGGAGCUGCGCUUCAUCGAUCCGGUCUGCGCCGCCCCACGUACUGCUCGGUUCCACCAAUAUCACGAUCGUCCGGUGGGCGGCGUUCGCCGCCCAGUACUCAGAUGAGUGUAUAUAUGAUCUUUAUAUCCAACCUCGUAUCGAUUUGGCGGGGAAAUCGGUGUGGCUUGACCUCCAAACCCUAGAUCUUCAAUUCGUCUCUAUCCAAUACCAAUAUUGCACCAUGGCGCCAUAUUUUGGCCUCCGUGGCCCUUCGCUGAAUAGGGCUAUCAUGUGGUUGGUCGUGUGUCCGGCCUUUGUGACUUAUGGAUACAACCAAGGUGUGAUGGGAGGUCUAUUGACCCUGGAAUCCUUUGCCGAGACCUUUCCGCAGAUGAACACUCUCACUGCAACCGCCGCACAAGAGAAGUAUAACUCGACUAUUCAAGGCACGGUAGUCGCACUAUAUACCGUCGGUGGAAUUUUUGGUUCAUUAUCAUGCAUUCAAUUCGGUGACAGGCUCGGCCGCCGGAAGGUCAUCCUGUUCACCUCCUUCAUUUCGAUAAUUGGCGCUGUCUUGAUGGCAACGUCUUUUUCACUUGCACAAUUUAUCGUUGCACGACUCGUCCUUGGAUAUGGAACUGGCGGUUACGUGGCUACAGUACCCGUCUGGCAGUCUGAGAUCUCAAAGCCCAACAAGCGUGGUGCUCACGUAGUAACCGACGGUAUUUUCAUCGGUGCCGGUAUCGCCUUCUCUCUCUGGGUCGACUUCGGCUUCUACUUCGUUAAGACCAACUCGGUUUCCUGGCGAUUCCCCUUGGUCUUCCAGGUCCUGCUAUCACUAAUGGUCAUGAGCUUUGUGAUGCUCUUCCCCGAAUCGCCCCGAUGGCUGAUCAAAAGAGGUCGCAGCGAGGAGGCGCGCGAGAUUCUGGCGGCGCUGGACGACGUCGACCCUCAUUCGGAACAGAUCACUCUCGAUAUUCGCGAUAUUGAGACUUCCUUAGCCAUUUCCGGAACGGGUUCGUGGAAGGAUAUGCUGAAGAUGGGGGAGCAGCGACUCUUCCAUCGCACCGUUCUCGCCUGUAUGGGUCAAAUGUUCCAGCAGAUGUGCGGAAUCAAUCUGAUCACUUUCUACGCCACGACCAUAUUCGAACAAUAUCUCAAGCUCUCUCCCAUCCAGUCACGUGUCCUGGCUGCAUCCAUGUGCCUAACACAGCCGCUGGGCGGCCUGCUGGCCUAUUUCACCAUCGACCGUCUCGGUCGCCGCGUGCUGAUGCUGUGGAGUGCUGUCGGGAUGUCAAUCUCGAUGGCCAUCCUGGCUGGCACCACUUCCGUCCAAGACAACACCGGCAGCUUGGUCUGCGCCGUGGUGUUCCUUUUCGUCUUCGAAUUCAUCUUCACAGUCGGAUACUCCGGCUUGACCUUCCUGUACGCCACAGAGGUCGCUCCCCUCCAGUGCCGAGCAUCUAUCAGCGCCGUCUCCGCGGCCGCCGUCUGGACUUUCAACUUCCUCCUAGCUGAGGUCACGCCCGUCGGCUUCGCUACCAUCGACUACCAGUACUAUAUUAUCUUCGCUGUGCUGAACGCCGCCAUCGUGCCGACUGUCUAUUUCUUCUUCCCGGAGACUAGCGGCCGCAGCCUCGAGGAAAUCGAUGAGAUCUUCUUGCAGUCGCGUAGUAUAUUCGAUCCGCCUCGCAUUGCUCGUUCGCUUCCCCGAAUGCACGUUGCCGAUUCUCAUGGGUUGGAUCUCGAUGCCAAGGAUGUUGGAAGCGGCGAUGAGGCCACGGGCGAGAAGCCCAAAGUGUAA